AAGCCCUCAUUUCUCUCAGACCUCGGUGGCAGCAUGCGUAUACCCGGGCUGCGUGCUGCGCUCCUCCACCCAGCGGAACUGGCGCAAAACUGUCUCUGAGCUUUAUUUUUUCAACUCACAUCUAUCGCAGGUGUAACUCUUGAUCAGAUCACUUUUGUAGGGCGUUCUCACAUGGAUCGCAACAGUUUGUGCUGAAGGUGCGGAAAGACUCCGGCUCCUGAUUGCAGCUUGUGUAAAAUGUGCGGCGUGUGUCCAACGUGAGACCGCGGGACGUUUUUCUUUGAUUUAAAUCUAAAGGUUGAAUUGCUGCAAGCAUGAGGUUUUUAAAGAUUCAUUAUUUUCUUCUUUGCGUUUAUUACUGUGUGCAAGAGGGAUUAUCGGGGGAUUUUAAGGCGCAUUUUAGGAAUAAUUUUCAUUUCCAGAGAACAAAACGUCACAGCAAACCAGCAAAACGAGUGCUGAAGGUGACAGACUACCAUGUCAGGUGUUCAGUGAUGUCCCGCUAUGCUGUCACAACAAUCCAGAGCUCGGUGUGGAACCAGCUGCCCAUUAUUAAGGAGGCAGCGUUUGAGGUGGACCUGCCCUCCUCUGCUUUCAUCUCGAACUUCACCAUUGCCUCCAAUGGUAAGGUGUAUGUGGCCCAAGUGAAGGAAAGAGCUGCAGCCAGGAAACUUUACGACGACGCUAAGAAGCAAGGAAAAACAGCCGGACUUGUCGCCACCAAAGAAAGGGAAAUCGAGAAGUUUCGUGUAGCUGUGAGCGUGUUGUCGGGAUCUCGGAUGUCUUUCCUCCUGACCUACGAGGAAUUAUUACCUCGCCGGCUCGGCCGCUAUGAGCUCAGUCUAGGUCUGAGACCUGGGCAACCUGUGGAGAACCUCACAUUAGAUGUUAGCAUACAUGAGAGGACGGGCAUCAGUUUUAUCAAAGUUCUUCCUUUGAAGACCAGCCGACUGCUGUCAAACGCAGCAAAGAGUGAUUUAACCCCCCCUGUCUCCACUCGGGUCGAGCAGAGCGACAGCUGUGCUAGAAUCUACUACAGCCCAACUCUACAGCAGCAAAACAGCUUAUCCUCCAAGGGCCUAAAUGCAGACUACAUUAUUCAAUAUGAUGUGGACCUCGGAGACCUAAUCGGUGACGUUCAGGUUUAUGAUGGCUACUUUGUGCAUUACUUUGCACCAAGAGGGCUUCCAGUGGUUCCCAAAGACAUUAUAUUUGUCAUUGAUGUCAGUGGCUCUAUGAUAGGCACCAAGAUAAAGCAGACCAAGCAGGCGAUGAAUACUAUCCUUGGAGACCUUAGAGAAGGAGACCACUUUAACAUCAUCACCUUCUCAGAUAAGGUUCACACUUGGAAGAAAGGUCGAACAGUGCGAGCAACUUGGCAGAAUGUACGAGAUGCCAAAGAGUUUGUUAGGAGAAUUAUUGCAGAAGGAUGGACUAAUAUCAACGCAGCUUUGCUAUCAGCUGCCCAGCUUGUUAACCCUUCAUCCUCUGAAUCGUCCAGCCACCUUGCAUCCCAUCGGGUCCCACUGGUUAUCUUUCUGACAGAUGGGGAAGCAACCACAGGAGUAACAUCUGGUGACACCAUCCUUAAUAACGCGAAGAAGGCAUUGGGCCCAGCUACUCUGUUUGGCAUUGCCUUUGGUGACGAUGCAGACUUCCUUCUUCUGAAACGCCUGACUCUGGAAAACCGAGGUGUGGCCAGGAUGGUGUAUGAGGAAGCAGAUGCAGCUUUGCAGCUGAAGGGUUUCUAUGAUGAGGUGGCCAACCCUUUACUGUCAGACAUCCAGCUUUCCUACAUGGAUGAUCAGGCAUUUGACGUCACCCACUCCCUGUUCCCAAACUACUUCCAAGGUUCUGAGUUAGUUGUGGCUGGGAGGGUAAAACCUGGAGUCAAAGAAUUAAAGGUGUCAGUCUCAGCAACUGAUUCAAAGCAAAACAUAACCCUGGAAGAUAAUGUGUUUAUAUCCAGUACAACAGAAAAUGGAAGUACAGGUUUUUUAAACUGUUCAGAAGAGUUGGAAGGGGUGUCCAACUUUGUGCACCGUCUAUGGGCAUAUUUCACCAUCAAAGAGCUGCUACUGGCCAAACUCAAUGCAACUGACCCUGUAACCCAAAGGCUCCUGGCAGACAAAGCCAUUAACCUCUCCCUCAAAUAUAACUUUGUGACCCCUGUCACUUCUUUGGUUGUUGUUAAGCCAGAUGCAGAUGAAGCAGCUCAGGCUCUGACCACUGUGAAACCUACAACUGGCACAACUACCACCACAACCGUGGUCCCUACCAAAAUAUUUACUGCUGGAAUUCCUAGGAAGCUCAGUCUACCCUCUAACCACAGGCCUAAGAUAUCCAAACCAGAUCCACCUCGGCCACCUGCAAAUAAGAUGACAACUAAAACUAAAACUAAGUCUUUGCCAAAACUUCUUGCUAAAAAAGUGGUUUCAUCAUGCAGAAAAACAGCUAUAAACCCAAGUCUCAGUCCUAUUAAAACUGCCAAAGCAACAUACUCUGGAAAAAAGCUUGCUGCCUCCCACAAUGAUUCUAAAACACUAAUUGUGCCUGAUCCAUCUGUGAAGAUACCUACUUCUCUUCUAAAUGCUCUCAAAGCAGCACAGCCUCCUGCACCUGGAAGAAAUGCCACUCCAGUGCCCAACGCUAUGAAAAUAACCACUGUCUCAACAACAACAGUUAUGCAAACUAUUGAUUCCAGCACUUCACCACACCUCAUUUUAUCCAGAAUUGACCCUUCACCUAUGACAAGGGGAACCUUGCCUCAACGCCCCAGUCCUGGAAAAACUGCAGUCCCUUCCGUCAGAGGGACAGGGCUAUCUUCAGAGGUGGAGAACCACACCAAAUCAGCUUCAGAUCUUCAUCAGUCUGAAACUACUCCUGUUACUCCACUCAGCUCUCCCACCCCAGCCUCAGCCCCAGUAGUGGAGGACAACAAUGUUAAUUUAGAUGUCGACACUGAUCUGAGCAUUGCCACCUUGGUUUUGGGUACCUUUGCUCCCAUGCCUGGUGUUACAGAUGGACCAGGACUGUGGGAAGCAACUGGCUUUCUGGAUGUUUCUACUUCCAUUCAGAGUGAAGAAGAUCUAAAACUUGUGAAAGAUUAUGAUGCAACAUAUAAUUAUGACUACGAUAUCAGCUACGAUACCUGGGAUGAUAGGAGUGAUUCAUUUGUGCUUGGGAGUGAGGAGGACUGUCCUUUAGUUGAAUGUCUUGUCCUUUUAGAACCUCAAUCCAGACUGAACUCUGUGAGGCUCUUCUCCUCAUCAGUUGAUGGAGAUCCUCAUUUUGUGGUCAAACUUCCAAAGUUGCACCAGAACCUGUGUUUCACUGUAGAUGGCCGAGCCGAUGAUGUUCUCAGACUGUUGGAGGAUCCAGAUCGAGGUAUUAUUGUGGAUGGUCACCUGAUGGGGGCUCCCCCAAAGCCUGGAGCAGAAGGCCGUUCCCGGACGUACUUCGACCAGCUCACCAUCUCAUUACCAGCAGGCAGUCCUCCUGACAUCAUCAUCACUUUGUCACUGGAUGGUGUGGUAGUGGAUGGGGAAGGAAGGGAGAUCCUGCCUAUUAAUCAACAGGGAUCUGUGACAAGGCAGGGUGUGACGGUGACUGUGGACAACCAUCAGAGCUGCUGGAUCGAGCUGGCUAAAGGUGUGAGGUUCCUGGUGCUGUUCCAUUACUACAAACAGCCCAACUACCUGCAGAUGGCUCACCUGGGGUUUUACAUCACAGAUGGAAGGGGUCUUUCAAGGUUAACCCAAGGCCUCCUGGGUCAGUUUCAGCACUCUGACAUGAUCGUAACUGUGACGAAUGAUCAUCUGCAUAAAGGCGCUCACCCACACCACAAGGAGGAGGUUCUGGCGAGAGGAAUCCUGAGGUGGGGAUCACAGGAGAUGCCAGUGACUUUACAGGAGAAGACGGUGAAAGACUCGGUGCAAAAGCGCCACCUGGGCAAAUGCUGGAUGGUUCCUAAGGCAGAGAUCGAGAGACUGCUGAGUCACUCCUAUGAGAGUUAUGUGGUGAACAAUGCGUAACCCUAGCUGAGUCAGCUCCACCUGUUUUUUAUCAGCACCACAGCUCAGGUACCGGCAGUUCACCGUGGACCAGUAAUAAAACAAUGAAGCUAGCUGGGAGUCCACUGGAUAAAAACAUGUUGUCCCAGUCAGAUAGAGAGGUGGUUGUGAAACAGGAAGGGAAUGGGUGGGGCAGCUUGUAGGCAGAAAGAAGAAGUAAUAAUAAUAAUGAAAAUAUACAGUUACUCAAAUACAGAACUGAACAGAGCCUCUUUAUCACUCUCUGUCACUGACUGCAUUUAUUCUGUGUACUGUAUCUGACACAGAGACUCAAUGUGCUUCUGGUUGCAUGGGAACAACCCAUCAUCCAUUUAUGCUGAAGCUCUGAAAUUCAAGUUAUUUAUUAGAAUGAUCUUAUAUGUCAUUCUUCUCUGUCUGAAUCAUAAGUAAUUAUUAAAAGCAUCACUGUAUAAACUGUAACCUUGAGUCCAAGUAUGUAUAAGGCUUUGCAUGAAUUACUUCCGGAAUAUGUAAAAAAACAAAAAAUACAAAUUUGAGGCAAUCUUUC